AUGGAUAAUCCGAAGAGAGUAGCAGGCGGAGCUGCCAACAGAGGAUUGGAAGAGAACACCAUGGCCAUCCUUGAUACAGCCGGCUUCAAUAGUUCCAAAAUCUCUCACCAUCUCAAUGACGACCGGCUUGCUUUUCUGGAAGCUGUUCGUUGUGCUUCUCUUCUUUCCUGUAAUGGAACUGCACCUACCAGCAUAAUGUUUGAAGCAGUUUUCCAAAUUCUUAAGGAUGAGGAUUCACUGGCUUUAAUAAUGGAAAGCUAUCAACUUCUUGUGGAUUUGACUAAGCGCUUUCCUCGAGUGUACUUAUCCAAAACGGAAAAAUCAGAAUCUUCAUCUUCAAAUGUUAAGUCGGAAUUAGUUGUGGUUCAAGAGGCUUGGUGUCCGUUUUCUUUUGGGUUGGACAAUUACAAUGAGAAGGCAGUAGCCAAUAAACAGUUGGGAGGAUCAGUUGACUCCUUGAGUUUCCACGCUCUUCUACAAGAAGUCGUGAAGGCGUCGAAGGAGAGGAAAUCUGAAGUUGUAGAAAUAAAGUUUCUGAGGAACAUGUUGCUGCUGCAAUAUUUGAUUAUUAUUUUUGAGGGCGACUUUUUACCUCGUAAUUCUGCAUAUCAAGAAAAUAUGAACUGGACUCUUUUGAGGGAAUCACUGCUUAAUAUGCUUUUGGGUUCAAGAAAAAUAAUCUACAAAGGCUUCAUACAGGACUGCUUGUGUAUCAUGUGUGACCUCUCUUUUGAUCAGACUGAAUUGUCUUCUGAAGUGAGCCACGACAGUAGACAUUCAGGGGAUCUAUCAGAAGAAACUGAUACUGCUUUGGUAUUAGCAUUACCCGAACUUGAAAAAUCUACAUGCACUGUUCUGAAAAAACUUGUGUUAAUGAUCAUGGAGUUAGAUUUAUCACGGAGCAUGGCAGACCUGCAGGGUCUUACCACCAGGGCUGAUGGUGUAAGGACCCCGGUGGUGGACAUUAUUUUAGAGGAACUCAUUUACAACAGCGAUAUCCUUUUGUCCUUUUUACAGGUAUUUGAUGAACCAAAAUGGAAGCUAAAAGUUAUAGAAGAAUAUUUCCAGAAAUACAUUCCUAAGUCGUCCGUUCGAACUAGGAGAUCAAACGGGCAAGUCAAGGAUCUAACUUUUGAUGGAGUUUUGAAGUGUUUUUCAAACAGCAACAGCACAAAAAGUAUCAUUAAAAAACUAAGCAUAGAGGUUGCUCAAUUGCUUUUGGCCCAUGCCUUCCAGGCAUAUUUGUCACUAUCAUUACAGCAUCUGCCUGAAGGCGGCUCUGAGUUGAAGGAAGAUGUCAAAGGCAGCUCUCUUGCGGAAGUGUGCAAGAAUGUAAUAUCGGCUUUUACUAGUCUCAGAAGAGAAGACAAGGACACCGAGAUUUUGCCCUUUGGCAAAGAAGCACUGUUUACAGCUGCAACCAUCCUUUUGACAGAGUCAUAG